AUGACAUCAAACUAUUGUAGAAAAGGACAUGUUGAAGUGGCAAGACAAAACGAGAAGAAUCCCAUAAAGAUAUAUUAUGAGAUUCAUGGAAAUGGGCCAAAAAAGCUUUUGUUUAUUAUGGGAUUAUCAACGAGUUGUGUUUCCUGGAGUCAUCAGGUCAAAUACUUUGGUUCCCAUAAAGAUUACCAAAUUUGCGUAUUUGAUAAUCGAGGGAUAGGAUGGAGUGGUAACGAUAUAUUUAAUGUACCGCCAGGAUUUUAUAGCACAUCACAAAUGGCUGAUGACACAUUCGACCUCUUGGAUCACCUAAGCUGGACAUCAAAAGUGCAUCUUGUUGGCGUCUCGAUGGGCGGGAUGAUCGCACAGGAAAUGGCAUAUGCAAGACCAGAGUAUUUUCAGUCGUUGUGUCUUACCUCUACGCAUGCUGGUGGAUGUGUGCCGCCUCUUACGGGCGUUUUAACUAUCAUGAGGUCGAUGUUUAUUAGAGAUCGGCACAAGAAAAUUCCAAUAAUGAUUAAACUAUUGUUUCCGCCGUCUUGGUUAGAUUCUCCCGCGCCUAGUGGCUCGUCAUUUGAAACUAAUAAGGCGCAUUUAAUGGAGGAAUUAAGACGACAAAUCCAGCUCACGAAUCCUACAACGUUAACUGGAUCAGUGGGUCAAAUCGCUGCCGUGCUAUCCCACGGAGUAUCACGUGAGCGUCUAAUUCAAAUUCGCGAGAACAUCCCCCGAAUACUAGUCAUCACUGGUACUUGGGAUAAUUUGGUCAAUCCGAAGAACAGUUAUUAUUUAGGGGAAGAAUUGCAAGCUGAUCUUCAGAUAUUUGAAGGUAGCGGACACGCGCUGCCAACCGAACAAGCGGAACGAUACAACAUGGCAUUGGAGGAUCAUUUCCGUAAAGCUGAAAUGAUUUCGUUGAACCGACCAGUUGUAAUUUUAUAA